AUGGAAGCCGCGACCAUCUCUGCUUCACGCCCCAUUCUCGUGUCCGGCUCCGGCAGCGCCGGACUCCCGAAAUUGGCGUUUCCCCGCCGGAAGUUUACCGUGCGAGGUCCCCAGGUUAGCUUCUCCGUCUCCAGAUUUAUGCGGUGCCUGUGCUUGGUGUCAUCUAUGUUGUUCUCUUGGUUGGGCUUCACGAUGGUGGAUCGAUUAAAGAGCGUCUUUCUGGCCUACAUUUCCGAGUUUGCUUUUUGUGUCCGUCUGGACGAAAGUGUGCCUGGCCCUCGUUGGCUUUAUUUCCAAAUUUCCUUUCACCUGAAAUAUGGGUGAUUAAGAUUUAUAAAGAAUACUUCAAGCAUGGAACUGCCGUCGAAAGGAGUUAGUUGUGUGAGAUAGAGUUGAUGACGGUAUUUGUUGUUAAGUCUGUGAGAUAAGCUCUUUUAUAUCAAUAGAUUCGAAUUUCUUCUAAUGCUUCUGUGUUUGAAUUAAAUUUUAGUUGCCUUAUAAAUGCGAUUAUUUUUAUUUAUGGUUGAUUAGUGAAGAUUUUUUUAUGUAUGAAUUGAUGCACUUCUGAAAGCAAGUUCUGCCUACUGGUUUAAUCUCUCAACUGGACGUGUUAUUCAACAGUUUCUGCAAUGGAAGUGUCCGGGCGAUUCGAGAGUCACGGUUUAUUAUGGUGGGAUGUGUUCAUGUAAUCUGACGAACUCCAGUGGAGGGCCAAGACGUCGCAACAAUUUGAAAAUUGACAAGAAGGAAUCAGCAUGCGGUCUUAUUUUCCGUCCUGUUCAGGCAUUUCACAGCUUAUCCUCUCAUUAUCUGUUGGUGCUUAAUCAUCACGGAAGUUUGAAAUCUUUGCGAUCUUUAGUCGUCCUACACAAGAUAAAAUAUUGGAAAGAGAAAUUCUGGCACUCUUUCUCGAUCUUUUUCUUUCGUCUAGCCGUGGGUGUGAUGCUCAUACUGUCAGUUUCGGUUAGCAUCAACAAGUCACCAACAUGUACGUAUAUUCCUUGAUGGAUUUUUUUGUCUGGACUUUGGGAUUUGGUUUACUAUAUGAACUGUGAUUUCUAACUAUUUACUAUAAUGGCUUAUGAUAACCCUAAUUUGUAUCUGACGCUAAAUUUAGGGGCACUUAAUGAAGAAAAUCUCCUUUUCUUGGAGGCAUGGAGAACAGUUGAUCGUGCAUAUUUUGACAAAAGCUUUAACGGGCAAAGUUGGUUUAGGUAUCGUGAGGAAGCACUACGCAAUGAACCAAUGAAUACACGAGAGGAGACAUGUAUGGGCUUUGACUUUAUAACUAUGAAUUGCCCGAGAUUAUAUCUGUCAUUAUUUGAAAUAGUUUGUUGAUGUUUCAUUUUCAGUCUAUCACACUUCUGGUGUAUGACCAUAUGAAUAUGACGUCAUGUGUUUUAUAUUUAUAUGGUUUUGAUGUUCGCGUGCAAAACCAUGAUGCUUUAGCAAUUUGACAUUUUGAUCGGAGUGAAACAUGCUUAUGAAGAUAUUUCUCUGCUGUGUGAAGCAUGGAGGAAAAAUCUCCUGUGAGACUGCCAUAGGAUUUCCUAUGCAUUUUUGACUUGCUCGUCUAUCUAAAAAUGGCUAAUGGUUAGAUAAUUGUAAUUUUAUCUUCUCUCUUUUCGUGUGCUUGCCUUGUAUGUGUAAAGCAGUCCUUUUACCUGCGGGAUGCAUUCUAUUAGAAAGCCACGACAUCUACUGCUUCCCAAUUUUUUUCUCUUAUAUCUGUGCACCUGUUCUUUUUUCCGCCCCCAUAAAAUACCUAGAUAUGACUCUCUUAGAUUUUCUCGUAAGCAUUCACUCAAGUCUAUUUCUAAAAUCUUGUAUAUAAAUCGUGUCUAGAUAUGGCGAUCAAGAAGAUGCUUUCGACACUUGAUGAUCCUUUUACUCGCUUUCUAGAACCUGAAAAAUUCAGGAGUUUGCGGGUAAACAUUCUGACUCCGCAUUCUUUUUCCCCCUUUAGGCUUUGGGGUUAGGCACGUAGUUGAGAAACCUCAGCAUGCGCAUGAAUCUAUCCUAGUGGCAAUUUUUUUAGAUCUUUCAACUAAAAACUUUCACCUUUAUUUGAAGGCAGUCUGGCACUCAAGGUGCUCUCACCGGUGUUGGGUUGUCGAUUGGGUACCCUACAAGACUUGACGGUUCAGGUCUUGUGGUCAUAUCAGCAUCUCCAGGGGGACCUGCGAGUAAGGCUGGAAUUCUUCCUGGAGAUGUUCUUCUGACGAUUAACAAUAAAAGUACAGAGGACAUGGAUAUUUAUGAUGCUGCAGAGCGAUUGCAGUAAGUAUCCAUUUUUUCAGUAAUUUAUUUGCACUUCUUAUGACAAUUAAUUGUCUAACUAUAUAGACAAGAAAGCCAUCACAGUCAACUUUUUAAGAAGAAGAAUCUUGAUGGUCCGCUGUGUUAUUUAUGUGAAGAACUGGAUGCCUUCAAGGGGUUCAUCGUAAUGAUAUCUACGUUGGUGGUUAUUUUUGGCUUCGUGGUCCUAAAUGAUGCCAUUUCGAUAUGAAUUCUGAUUGUGUACAACAAUAGGCCCUGGCUGAAUGCAAAAUAGAAAGUAGGAGGUUGGUCAAGAUAUGAAUAUCUGUGCUCAAGGAAAUUUUCCAAGGAGAGUGGUACCAACCUAGACCUUCCGAGAUUUCCUCUCCUGGCGCACAUAAGUGAACAGUGCUAUUUUUCUCCCGAUUGUAUUCCGCUCUCUUUCCUUUUCUUAUCAUCUAACAUAGCAAUUCUGGGAGUCACAGGAUUGGUUAUAUAGGGAACACUUGAAGGUGUUCUGAAGGCCAUGAAUAGGACCUAUUUUGUGAAAUAUUCCUCAAAAUUACGGAAUAAAAUAUUUGAAAAUUUUGUGAGGUUUGCCUCAGAGAUGAGGUGGCUCCUCAAUGCCUUGAGCCGGGCAAUGCAAAAAGAUUUUCGCCAGUUGCCGUACCUAAAUAUGAGAACAAAGAUGAGAAGACCUUUCAUGUGCUUCAUGCUCAUUGAGAACAAAGAUGAUGAAAUAAGAAUAAAGGAAAAAACUACCGUACUAUCUUCUGCAUGUUUAUAGAAGUUUUCUACGAUUUAUCCAUUAUUAUAUAGUUUUCCCUUUUGUGCAUGGCUGCACUGUUUUUCUUUUCUUUCUGCUGUCUGCAACCCAUUCUUUUUGUUUAUUAUUCGUCAACGAGUUUGCAAUUUAUCUCCAAAGCCUCUCAUGUGGUACUUCCAAAUCCUAAUGUUUCUCAGAGGGCCUGAAGGAAGCUCGGUGGAAUUGGACAUUCGGAGUGGUUCUGAAAUUAAGCACAUUGCUUUAACGUAUGGCUUCUGAUGUGUUCCUUGAUUAUCAUAAAUAUGGCAUAGCAUACAAAACUCUGGACAUUCUUCAACUUGAGUCUCUUGUGUAGGAGGGCAAAAGUUACCUUAAACCCUGUGAAGUCUAUACUCUGUGAUGUUGCUGGCACUGGGAAAAAUGAUUCCAGAAUUGGAUAUAUUAGGUUGACGACCUUCAACCAAAAUGCUUCAGGUAACCAUGAUUCUUGCUAUUAUCCCUUUUUAUGGUACAGAAAAGCGUGUUGUUGACGAAAUGACUCUGUUCUAUGUUCAUAUGCGCUUUUUACCUAGUUAAUCAUCACAGAUUCAGCAAAUUGUACAAAUACUAGUUCGGGUUAGCGUUGUUAUGGAUGCCUGUAGAAUCAAGUUAGUAAAUGCAGCUUUCUCCUCUUUUGAGGGCCGAUCUAUGAAUAAUUCAGUAUAUAUUUUUCUUUCCCCUUCUAUGCAAGUAUAUUUAAUAGGAAGUUCACAAUGUGGUAAAUAUAUUGUCGAUAGAUUUUAUGGAAUGCUUUAGAAGAGCUCCUUUUUUAAAAGUUUUUUAUUUUAAAUUUUCCAGUAUAAAUGAGUUAUUAAAUAAAUAAAUGGACUUCUAUAUUUACAUAAUCAAUUUUUCUCAUACUAAUCUGCAGCUUUUAAAUCAACAUCAAAAUUUCUUAUUUGAUAUGUCACUGAGUUGUUUGCUCUUUUUAUUUGUUGCAUCUACGGUAAGGAAAAAGACUGUUUAGACUAGUCAGUUACACGCAUAACUUUUCAUAAGUUCUGAUAUUACUUUUUCUGCUGACAUAUGAUCGCCCCUAUUUCUAUUCUUCCAGGUGCGGUGAAGGAAGCUAUAGAAAGACUAAGAGGCGAUAAUGUUAAAGCUUUUGUUUUGGACCUUCGGGAUAACAGGUACUAUGUUCAUCACUUAUGAGAAGAGACUUUCAUCCUUGACCGACAGACAUGAUUUGAUGCACUGGUCUCUGGUACAGUGGUGGUCUUUUCCCGGAAGGAAUUGAGAUUGCCAAGAUCUGGUAUGCUUCUGGUCUCCUUGAAAUAUUGUAUUGUCUCAUUUUUUUCUUAAUUUCGGUGACAUGAAUAUUCUAUCAAUUUGUAGCAUCUCAAAAAUUUUCUGGACAUAAAUAUUUAAAUUUAUUGAUGAAAUUGAAAAGUUUCUAUCCCUUUAAAUGGCUUUUGAAGUCUUGUGUAAAGUCUGGGAAGAUUACCGCCACACUCAGUGGCCCAAAAUAUUUUCCUCCAAAAAAAAAAAGAUGAACGGCAUUGCGUGUAUUAACAGAACAUUGAAUUCGUAAGAAUUGCAGCGUGGAAUCUGUGUAUUAACAGAAAAAUUAAUUAGUAAGGCCUGCAGCGUUGAAUCUGUGUAUAGACCGCGAAUUCUUUUUUUGCACAUGACCUUUGUUUGUUCUAACAACCAUUUGGAGGUAUGCUAUUUCAGGUUGCAGAAGGGUGUGAUCGUGUAUAUUUGUGAUAGUCGUGGUGUUCGUGAUAUAUAUGAGACGGAUGGAAGUGAUGCGAUUGCAGCAUCAGAACCACUGGCUGUUUUGGUAUAUUCUUAGUUUUAAUUCUCUAAAUUUCGGAGAACUUUGAUAUUAUAAGGUCUCGCGGUUUCUAUUUUAAGGAGAUCGUUGAUGCCUCAAGCUCUGUCCUUUCCUCCGAUAAUAUCAAUACUUGUUAAUUCACAGAUAUAAAUUUGACUCUUUUUUUUAUUAUUGAAAACUUCACGCAGUAAUUUAGUAUGCGCGAUGAUUAAUCCGUCCACAUCGAUCUUCCCGUAUUAUAUUUUUUAAAAGAUGCAAUAUUAGCCCAGUAAUCUGAUUCUGGCCUUUCUCUGGGUCUCAGGUAAAUAAAGGAACUGCGAGUGCAAGUGAGAUCCUGGCAGGAGCUCUGAAGGACAACAAGAGGGCGAUGAUAUUUGGGGAGCCCACAUUUGGAAAAGGGUAAACGAUCCCGGAGAGCCCGAUUCUCUUCUCGAAAUCUCCAGAUUUCACCACCCAUCAUCUCAGAAAGCGACCAUUUCUGCAUAUCACUGCAGGAAGAUCCAGUCAGUUUUCGAGCUCUCAGAUGGCUCUGGGCUAGCUGUUACAGUGGCCCGCUACCAGACACCCGCUCACACCGACAUUGACAAGGUUAAAUCCUAACCCUCGAUCAUAAAAACCCCCCGACUGGCCACAGCUGAUGAGAGGAACUCGUGCUAUAAUAUAACAUCAUGAACCGAUUUUAUUAGGAAAUCAUGAUUCAAAAAACCCGGAGCAUUUUUAUUUUGGACUUGAGAUUCUGGGGUCUAAAUCUAGGAAAAAAAAUAAUCUGGCCAACAUCCCUGGGCCUCUGUCUAUUUCUAAGAUUUUCACAAUACCCAGUGUAUUUUUAAUUUUGGAUACGAAAAUAUGGAGAAAAAUUGAACCGCCAGCAUCUGAAAAUUAAAGUAUCACAAUUAUAGCACUCCCCAGCCUUUGACUAUUUUUAUGCUUUUGACAUGACCCACUGUAUGUUUUUAUUUUUUUGGAUUUUUUGAGACCUAAAUAGAGAGAGAAAAAAAAAAACGUGCCGACACCUUUUGGCCUUUGUGUGUUUUCAAGCUUUUCCUUUGUUAUUUUCGGUUUUGGAGUUGAUUUUGGCGACCUAGAUAUAGAAAAAUAAUCCAGUGCAUUGUCAUUUUUUGGACUUUAUUCUGAGAUCCAUAUCUGGGGAAAAAAUCCACCAAAACCCAAGCCUCUGCCCAUCUCUACAAGCUUUUGAGGACUGCACUAUCACUGACUAUUUACCCAUUCUCUCUCUCUCUCUCUGUGCCUGUGGUUACGUGAAGGUGGGCGUGAUUCCAGACCAUCCGCUGCCAGCGUCCUUCCCAUCGGAUGGGGAUGGGAUUUGCCGCUGUCUGAAGGAUCCUUCCCUGUGCAACUUGAACAGUACAAGGCUGUUCUCCAGGUGA